GAUAAGAAUGUCUGCUAAAAUGUAAACGUGUAAAUUGUCCYAACCUGCUACGAAAAGUAAAUUCUGUAUACGCCAUGUAAUUGUUAUCGUAUAACAUUUUGAUUAACACACUGUACCUACGCGUAGCCUGCKCCUUCCCCAAUUCAAAUCUGCUUGCGUGCGCAGCGUAUGACGCGGCUGGCCACGAGACGAGAGUUGAAUAUGGGGGGACUUUAUGUUAUGCAUGUGGUAAAGUUUCAUUCGGAGCUAUCACUGACAGUAGCUAGCUAACGUUACUACUGUAGCAACUAGCUACAGGACUCUUCUAAUUUCUACCAAAUUGUAGCCUAGCUGGUGUGGUGACUGAAUAAACUAAUUAUUGUCACACCUCAAUCAACUGAGUGAGUAACAUAUACUGCAAAAUCUAUUUGCGUGGUAUGUCAAGGGAUAUUCAUUGUUUUUUGUUGCUCAUAAUGACGACUACAGUAGUUGGCUGGCCCACUGCAAAUGCGAAAGUGGUUAGGAUUUGUUUUGAUACGAAGGAACAGUAAACCCAUCAACUACAGUUACUUAAGGAACAUUUAGGAAAUAGUAGCAGGACUUUGUUUUUUUUGUUUGAGCUAUCAAAUAUCAGCCAUGUCUGCCAGUAAUAUUUUUGAAACGUCAUAGCUAGACGAUACUCUCACAGCCAUAGUAAUAAGAAUGAUAAUAUUCAUUCUUAAUUCUAUGCUCACCACAUUGAGAUUGUCGCCCUGCAGAUUCUGGCUAGCUAGCUAGUUACAUGGAAGCCUCUGAAUAUCUCCUAUGCAAGUGGAAAGGCCACCACUGGCCAGCUAAGGUUUUGAGAAGGGUGUGCAAUUCCAAGAGGAAGAAGGAUAUGGAAGUGGAAAUGUUGGGAGAAGGUCACAGAGUGUGGGUGCAGCAGAAGGAAACGCAAGCCCUGACCCAAGAAUGCAUCGAGAGCAUCUCUGGACAUCUGAGUGAUCAUGCUUCCAAAAGAAGGGACCCAAUAAGAGAAUUGAAAUACCGGAGAGCACUGCGCUUGGCAUUGGAUAUGUUCCCCUCAGGAGAGACGAGCAGCACUCUGGUGUUAGGAGACCCCAGAACAUCCGAAAAGGGAAGAGACCAACAGUUGCCAUCGGCGCCUGAAGAGCAAGAAACGAGAGCAAGACGCGUCAUCCGAGCAAAUGAGCCUCAGUCUGAGGAAAACAACGAUUGUGCCUCUCAGAAAACAAGUCCGGGUGCAGCUCAAGAGAAUGUCACUGUUCACAGUGUGGCCGAUGUGUCAAGUGAUUUUAGCCUUACUCCACCUUCUUCAUCCCCACUGCAACCGCUCCAAGUGUCCUUCGACGAACAGAAGGACAGUAGUCUGGAGGAUGAGGAGGAUGAUGACCUACCCAGUUUCACUUCACCGAAGAAAACCCUAUCCAUCACAAAGGGAGCUUGUGUCUGGUGUAAAUAUCGACGUUGCCCCUUCUGGCCUGCUAUGGUCAUGUAUGUUUCCCGCAAAGAGAAGAAAGCCAGCGUCGUGUUCAUCGACACAUUUCUUUUCACACAGAAGAGGAAGGGUGUCAAGGUCUCCUUAAAGAAUAUCAAGCCCUUUGACUGUGAGGAGUCAAAUGAGUUGGUGGACAAAGCCAAGGAGAAAUAUGGUACUGCCAUCCACUAUUGCCUGAAGCUUAUUGGGGACUAUAGAAUUCGCCUUGGUUGUGGUUCAUUUUCCGGUUCCCUCYUUGAGUAUGUUGCUGAUGACAUCAGCAUCCCUAUGAGAAAGCUGUACCUUCUCGGCCCGUCUGACAGUUACCUGGCCUCGCCAAGUCAAGACAUGGAGGACCAGAGAAGUUACCAGGGGACUCCGGAAGACCAUGCGACCACCGAGUGCAGUGACCAGAAGCCACAGGUCUCCAAGAGACUGCUACCUGACCGUGCCAAGGCUGCACGGGACCGGGCCAACGACAAACUACUGCAGUUCAUCGUCGAUAAAAGAGGCGUGGAAAGGCACUUGCAGGCUAUUAUCAGCGGUCAGGUGGUGUCCAAGUGGCUGAAGGCCUUCCGCAAGGCCAGUGGUCAAGCAGUGGACCCCUACUUUGAGACGGACCAGCAGGUGGAGCAGGUUUUCACUUACCUCAGGAGCAUCAUGGAGGACGCCUUGCCAAGUCUGCCAGAGUUGGAUCAGAUCCGCUUCAUCCUCGAAGUGCUCUUACCAGAGGCUGUCAUUCAUGGAAUCUCGGAGGUCGAAAACAUAUCCCUGGUUCAGGCCGAAGAGAAAUACUCACAAGGGCCUGGCAUCAGUAAUAGAGAGCGAGAGGAGUUUGACCUUAUGAUUGUGCAGCAGAUGAAGAAAAGGCACUGCUGAAAAGAUAAAGAAUAAGAAGGGUUGUGUGUUCUGUUUCGGGUUUGCAUUGGCUAAUGCCACUAGUAUUUAUAUUGUUCAUAGGUUAUGUGUUUAUAGGUUACAUACUCUUUUUAUUUUUCAAUACAAUCAUUUGUAUACUGAACAAAAAUAUAAACGCAAUAUGCAACAAUUUCAAAGAUUUUACUGAGUUACAGUUCCUAUAAGCAA